UACGUCCGAUUGAUCGGGUAACCGUGACUCGACAAAUUCCCGGCCGUGUUUACCCACCACCCCACCGUCACACUAACAGAUUCAGCCGGGGUAGGUCACACAAACAGAUUUAGCGAAUGUACUGAGCUAGAUCGGUAGUAUCAAACUUCGUAGUUCAUUCACGCCACCGUUUGAUACAAGCCAACAGGCUCAGUCAAGUAGUUGGUAGCCAGAUCACCUGCAGCACAUCUCUAGUGUGUAAGUACUUUGGUCUACUAUGGUACAAGACUUUGUUUUUUAAAAUGUGUAUCAGCAACAGCGGUGUAAACACUUCUAGAAGAUCUAACUACUAACUGGCAUGUCUGAAGGAGAAAACAGCAUCGACAUGGAAAGGUUUCGAUCCCUGGGCCGCUCGGCGUUUGUUUUGGGCUACACAGGCGAGGUGGGGAAGGUUCUGGUGGAUGAGCUCAACAAAUCCAAGAUCUUCAAACGUGUUGUUCUCAUUGGGCGCCGCCAAGUCCCGCUCUCACUUGGACCAGAAUUUGAACAGAAAGUUAUCGACUUCGAUAAAGUAGAAGACCACAAAGACGUCUUUACCAGUUUGGACUGUGGGUUCUGUUGCCUGGGUACAACAAGAGGGAAGUCAGGAAAGGAAGGCUUCAUAAAAAUCGACCGCGACUAUGUUUUGAACUCAGCAGAAGUGGCCAGGUCCCAGGGCUGUAAACAUUUCUCUUUAGUCUCCAGCCAAGGGGCAAACAAAAACAGCUAUUUACUUUAUCCCAAGAUAAAGGGCGAAGUAGAAGAGAAGCUAGGAGCAAUGGAAUUUGAUCGCCUUUCUAUCUACAGGCCAGGCCUUUUACUAUGUAAUCGCCAAGAGAGAAGAGUGGGUGAGAAAAUUAUCACAGUUGUCCUCAAGCCUAUUACGUAUCUUUUCCCUACUUUGAUGUCAGCGCCAGUAAGAACGGUUGCCAAAGCUAUGAUUAACAAUGUCACCAAGCAAGUGGACGGUACCAACAUCAGAGAACUUUACGAAAACAAAGACAUUCACCACAUUUCACAAUCGGCCACAAGCUAAAGACAGAGAUUACAAGGACUAAAAUAAAUAAAUUAUUAUAAAUGAAUCGGCUGGGACAGCAGAACGAUAUUAUUAAGUUGUGUAGGUUGUCUCAAUUUGCUGCAUUUUGUUUUUGUCUCUAUAUUUUCCGAUGGCAUAAAAAGUGAAGUCAAACUCUGUAUAAAUACACAGCCUAAUAAUUUAUAUAGGGGUGACCAUAUAAUCCAAUGCUAUAUAGCAUGGACCCCACACCCCUAUAAAUA